CAAAUUACCUUUACGUCGAAUGAGUAAGAAAGAAAUUAACUACGUAGAGGAUUCAUCCCUUUCACUUCCAUAUAUUGAAAAUCAUGCUUUAUCAUUAGGCGCUCUUUGGGAUUGUAAUCUUUCCAAAACAAUCGGUUACAAUCUAUUUGAGAAGCAGCUCACAAACGAUUAUUUAAUAAUUCAUCCGUUAAAAAAACUAGAUUACCGUUUAAUCCAUGUUAAGAGUAUAGAAGACCAACUAGCAACAUUAAAAAUAGAUGGUGCUAUGUCAAUUGAAAUAUUAUCUGGUAUUUUAAAAGUAGAAGGAAAUCUUGAUAAAUCGUUUUCCAGAAAUUCAAAUGAAGAACAACUUAUCUGCGAAUAUAAUCUUGAUAAUUAUUUGGUCGAAUUGCUUCCUAAAGCAAAAGAAGAAAUAGGAGAUAUUGUUAAACGUCAACUCCUUGAAAAAAAAAUCAAGGCAACACAUGUUGUGCAUGGAAUAAUCUUGGGUGCAAAAGUGUGCGCAGAUAUAAGAAUAAGACAAAAUGAUACAAGCAAAAAUAUGGAUGCAAAUGGCUAUCUAAUUGGAGAUAUUCCUUUUGGUUACGUAAACGCAUCUUUGAAGACUAGCUUGAAAAUGCUAGACUCAAAAAAGACCAGUAAUUAUGAUAUGCAGAUAACUGUCAACUCUAAACCACCGAUAAAAAAUCAACCAACAACCAUAAAUCAGAUGUUCAAUUUGAUUGAAAAUAUAGAUGUAUGCGUUCAAAAAGAGUCAUAUUAUAAAUUUAUUAGUCCUGAUAUUACAGGUGUACCUAUUCGGUUUAAUCUUGUGCCUAUUUUUCAAUUUCUCGACAUUAAAGUCGAAAAACUUUAUAAGCAGCUGCAAGACAGCAUUUUAGAAAACUUUCGUACAAUGCUCAUUGCACUUAAAGAUUAUCAGUCCCAUGAAUAUAUCAAGAGAUGUGUAUUAAGAACAGAACAUCGUCUGCAAAAGAUUUUAUCUGAUUCUCAAUCCAAACUGUCAAAAAAUAUUACAGAAUAUCAAAAUGAUUUGAAAAAAAUCACAAGUCAUUAUUUUGAACGAGCAUUCGAAACUUUAAAAAAAUACAAGAUUGGAGAUUGUAGCUCUGAAGAACUCUUUCAAAUCAUGCGUGACUACGAUGAAAGUGAUUUCUGCAUUGUAAGUGUAUGCGCACAAAUUGAAAAAUUUGUGUCCGAUGGAAGAAAUGAACUCAAUGUUGUUC